CGGCAGCGGCGGCUGCCCCGGGAGUGCGGGCAGCGAGCGCGGGAGGGGGCCCAGGUGGCGGGCAGCCGUGCGGGGGCGCCCCAGGAUGCUGAGCUUCCUGCGCAGGACCUUUGGCCGGCGGUCGAUGCAGCGCUACGGGCGAGGAGCAGCUGGGCGCGCGGCCGGCGGGCUGGGAGACGAGCGGGACGGGGGUCCCCGGGGGGCCUCUUCGGCUCCCCUGCCCGCCGCCCCCGGGGGCAGUGUGUUCCCCCCCGGCGGCGGCCCCGUGCUCACCGGCGGAGCCGCGGUUCACAUCCCCGCGGCCGGAGCGGGCAAGGCGGCUCUCUAUUGCCGGGUCUUCCUGCUCGAUGGGACUGAAGUGAGCGUGGACCUGCCGAAACAUGCCAAAGGCCAGGACUUGUUUGAUCAGAUUGUAUAUCAUUUGGAUCUUGUGGAAACAGACUACUUUGGCCUCCAGUUCCUCGAUUCUUCCCAGGUCACACACUGGCUAGACCAUUCAAAACCUAUUAAAAAGCAAAUGAAAAUUGGAUCUGCUUAUGUUUUGCACUUUCGAAUUAAAUACUAUUCUUCAGAACCCAACAAUCUUCGAGAAGAGUUUACAAGGUACCUGUUUGUAUUACAACUCAGGCAUGACAUUCUUUCAGGAAAAUUAAAAUGCCCAUAUGAGACUGCUGUGGAGCUAGCUGCCCUGUGUCUUCAAGCGGAACUUGGGGAGUGUGAACUUCCGGAACACACGCCUGAGCUAGUGUCUGAGUUCCGAUUUAUUCCAAAUCAGACUGAGGCAAUGGAGUUUGAUAUCUUCCAAAAAUGGAAAGAGUGCAGGGGGAAGAGUCCUGCACAAGCUGAACUUUCCUAUUUGAACAAAGCAAAAUGGUUAGAAAUGUAUGGAGUAGACAUGCAUGUAGUUAAGGGAAGAGAUGGCUGUGAAUAUGCUCUUGGUCUAACACCAACAGGGAUAUUAAUCUUUGAAGGAGCUAACAAAAUAGGUUUAUUCUUUUGGCCCAAAAUCACUAAAAUGGAUUUUAAAAAGAGCAAAUUAACCCUUGUUGUCGUAGAAGAUGAUGAUCAGGGGCGAGAGCAAGAGCACACAUUUGUUUUCCGCUUAGAUAGCUCCAGGACCUGCAAGCACCUCUGGAAAUGUGCAGUUGAGCAUCAUGCAUUCUUCAGAUUGAGGACACCAGCAAAUAAUAAAUCUAAUAGAUCAGACUUCAUAAGACUAGGAUCACGCUUUAGGUUCAGUGGGAGAACAGAGUAUCAAGCUACUCAUGGGGCUCGGUUAAGAAGAACUAGUACCUUUGAAAGAAGACCUAGUAAACGAUACCCAUCACGGAGGCAUUCAACUUUUAAAGCAAACAACCCAGUGAAAGCAGCCCAGCUAUGCUCUAAAAAUAAUCCAGAAAUUCACAAUUACCAGAUGCAAUACCAUCCUAAUAUACAUCCUGGGCAACAACAAUGGCAUCCUCACUCUCCAAAUGUAAGUUAUCCUUUGCCCUCACCAGUGCUCAACAAUUCUAAUCUGCUGCUAUUCAACAUUGAAGAAAAUGGGGGAACCCCAUUUACCACCAAAGUACCAGGAAGACAUCACCACCAUCACCACCAUCCGCACCAGCACCAACACCAGCACCAGCACCAGCACCAACACCAACACCAACACCACUCCAAUUAUGGAAUACCAGUCCCUCUUGAAAGCAAAGAGAUGACUACCGGAAUCCCAACUCCUAGUAAACUGAGCCCAGGACCUCCCAUUCUUUACAACGAAGCUGCUGCCCACUUGAAGAAGAUGGAAAUGGAAACCUCCAAGGUAGCUUCUCCUUGGCCUGCUCUUCACAUCAACAUAAAUAAGGUAGAAGAAAAGAAAGUUCCUGAAAAAAGUCUUCAGUUCCCACUUCUGCCUUUACCUGUUCCUGAUCAACUAAAAUGCAACAUUCUAAAAGCCCAGAUAGAAACAGCUUCCAAAGCCAGUGCCCAGGUUGUGAAAGAGGAGCCGGAUUUUGCAAAUGUCAAUAAGAAAUCCACUCUUCAGGACCCUAAUGUAAGAAGCCCUGUUCCUUCUAUAAAAGUAGAAACUACUCAACCAACUACAGAAAAGCAAGAGAAGCAAGAAAUUAAACCCCCACGAGUGAGAAAAUUAACAAGACAAUACAGUUUUAACCACAGUGAUGAAGAUGACCUUCCUCCAGCCCUGGCUGCUGCCAUGGCAACAACAGCAUCAGGACCACCAGGAUCUCCAGCAUCCCAGAAAAUCAGUACACCUCAGAAGCUGGAAGGGCAAACCCAGCUAUCUCCCCGUGCAAAGAGUCCCUCUGACACAGGAGAUGUGUUUACCCUGGGACCAGGUGACCUUUUGAUGGAUUUCACAGAAGCUACACCAAUGGCAGAGUCCUCCAGUGCCAUAAAUCCUGCACACUCUCGUUGCUAUCCUCAAAUUUCUAUUCAAAUGAAAGAAGAGAAAAAUGAAGCUUGCAUGGGCCCUCCAAUCAAAACAAGGCUGAUAAAGACGUUCCCUGCUGAUCCAUCUAAUCCCUUUUUGGAUCCUUUCACAACAGCACCACAGCUAAUUGCAGACUUUGGAGAAAGCAAAUUACAGUGUAAUGCUGGAAAAUCAUCUCCAUUGACUCCAAAAGCCACUAUGAGGCCUUUGACAGACACAGUCUCAACAGUGCAAACGAUAUUUGCCCGAAAGCCUAUUUCUCUGCCAGACAGUGCUGAGACUCUACGGCAGGAACUAGAGAGAGAGAAAAUGAUGAAAAGACUGUUGAUGACUGAACUAUGAGAAUGAUUCACCCUUUGUCCAGUGGAGAAUGGAGUGGUGCCUUCUGUCAAUCUACAUUCUUCAGCUUUUGUGUGCAUCCGGCAUAACACCCCAUGACAGUGUUGUACAUUGAACUCUGCUGAAUUCUCCACCAUUGGCUGAAAUUAAUCUUUGGUUUGGCUUGACUUUGAAAGAGUCUUUACUCUUGUGUUGCUGAGGAAUACAUAUUGCAUUUUUUUUUCUUCUGAGAAUUUGGAUUUUCUACUGCAAAAUACAGCUGAGACUAGAUUUGGUAAGUCUAGGGAAAGAAAAUUGAAAAACAGGGAAAAAAUACUGAUUUCUUUUCAGAAAUCCUUCUGUACAUAUGUUAAUAGCUGCCAAAAUUAAUGUUGUGCAGAAUCCUUUGAUAUCGACAGAGAAAAAUCUGAUUUUGUAUAACUGAAAAUUUGCCCAGAGCUACUGCCGUUUGUUAAAGAAUCAUUUUUAUGGAUAUGCACCUUGAAUAUUAAUAAAGGUUGCACUAUAAAAAAUUUAGGUAAGAUCCAGAUGAGGUAUCUUUCACAGUUAUGACCAGGGAGAGUUCUUGGCCAAACAAGAAAGAGGUUACAAAACAAUUUUUUUAAACCAAAAAAAAAAAAUCAUUUUAGAGAGAAAAAUUAUCCCAACAUUUUAGCCCUGAUUUUUCAUUUAUGCACACACAAAAUAAAUAGAUCUUGUAAAAUUCUUCACAUCAAUCAUUAUCUAGAAACACGUCCAUGAAAUAAAAAGGUGUGUGUGCACAGCAUGCCUGAAAACACUUCAUUUUAACAAUUUAUCUCAUAGCUUAGGUGGAAAUAAACUGAAAAGAGUAAAUUGUUUGGCAUGGAUAAAAAUGUAAUCAUUGCACCCGCAAAUGUAGAGUCCCAUUAAAAGACCCUAUAAUUUGAAGAUAAUGCAUUAUUAGAAAGGACUGCUUGGAUUUUUCUAUAAAGGAAGAUUAUUUAUAAAACUCUGUGUUGUGGCAGGAUCUUGGACCAAUGCAACUUUCUCUUAAGAACUGUUACAGGACUUAGAGAUCAUCUGGUCUACCUACUCUUAUUUUUUGGACUAAGUAACUGAGACCCGGAAAAGCUAAGUCUGCAAGGUCACAUAGCUAGUAACCAGCAGAGCUGGGACCUGAACUCCUGUCCUGUGUCUCUAAAUCUUUCCACUAAGCUGCACUGCCCCUUAAUUUUAGGUACUGUAUGUUUAUGUCACAUAUAAUAUGCUCUCUCUCUUUUUUCCAAUUCUUAAAGCUAAAUGGUGCCAAUUUGAUACUAAUGAAACAUAUGCAGUCACACCUCAUUUAUCAGGAAGCUAUAGGAAAUGAAUCAAUAGUGCAUUAGUGACUAUUCCAGAUAAAUGAAGCUUAACCCAUUAAGUGAGGAAAUGUUCAAAUUUUAAUACUUUUUAUGGAAUUCUUUCUAAAGUCUAUUAAAUCCUUCUCUGCCUUAGGAAACAGAGAAAACUGAGCAUAAUUUAAUCUUUUUUUUAGUGACUUAAUGACUCCGAGUCAUCAUUAAAAACAUCAGUUAUUGUACUGUGAUGUACUACAGUGAUGUCCUCAGGGACUUUUUGAUGUGUGCAAAGCUUAGUUUUGCCUUUCCCUGAAUUCCCAAAGACUUCUAUGCUUUUCUUAUGAAUUGUUCGGCUGUCUCUUGACUCAUUUCUGUCAUUAAGGAAUGUUGAGAUGUUGCGAGUUGUUUUGCCUUUACCUGAACAGGAAUACCAUGUUAUGCUGCUCCAGACAGCUCUAGGUGCUAUAUAGUAUAUGAUAUAUAAAAUGUGCUCUUUUAUAAUGUGGGGAGAUGUGUCUUUGUCGAGCACUAGCUGUAAGUAUAACUUCUCCCUCGUGUCUGCCUCAGUUCUCCAUUUUCAAUUAUUUCAAUUGUUAAUAGUUCUGCUUCUUCUAUACCCUUUUCCACUUAUCAGCUGUCCAGAGUUUCUGUUGCUCACCACCAGACUCUGUAAUUAAAAUCUUCUAGGUAGAAAUGAAGUCUACCAGAGAAAAAAACAGAUAAACAACUACUGCAUGUAAAUUUGCAAGAAUUGCAGACAAAUAUGCUCUGUUCCUGAGAAGGAAAUGAGUGGAGCAAAGUGCAUGGGCUUUAAAAAUAUUGCACUCUGAUGUUUCUCUUUUUCAUAUAUUUCCCACUUAUUUCUGGGUUAAAAGCUAUUCCAGAAGAGUGUAUUUGCUGGAAGUCUGACCAUUAGAUAAGUGGGGUGCUGCUGUAUAUCUAACCAGUUUAGGAGAUUGUCAAUAGACAGCGAGAGUAUUGGAAUUACAUCUGCCACAGAGGUAGCUCUGGUUAUGUAAAUAUAACAGAUUUUUAGCACUUUUUUUUGUAUUUUUCCCAUUGCAAUUGAAGAAACAAGAUUAUUUGUGACUACAGUAUUUAGUAACAAGUACUAAAUGACAGAACAUUGUUGGGGAUUUUUUGUUGUUGUUAUUGUUUAAUCUAGUAACUUCUUAAUUUCAUGGAAUCACAGGAUCUCAGAGUUGGAAGAGAACUCAGAGAUCAUCUUGUACCAACUUGUAACUGAACAGGAAUUUCCUCUACAACCUCAUUGACAAGUGGUCAUCUAGACUCUGCUUGAAGAAUUCCAAUAAUGAGUAAUUCACUUCUCACAAAUCAGCCCAUUCCACUUUUGGACAACUCUGGUUAGGAAAUUGUUCUAUAUAUCAAGCUGAACCAAACCUUCUUCCAUCUGAUACGUCGAUUCUUCAAAUACUUUAAUGACAACUAUUCUGAGCCCUCCCCCCCCCCAAGUCUUCUCUUCUCCAGCUUAAUUAUCCUUCAACUGAUUUUCAUGUAGCAUGAUUUCCAGUCCACUCACCAUCAACAUAAUUGAAAACAAAGCACUGAAAAACAAACAAACUGAAACUAGGCACCAUUGCAAAGAAGAAAUGCUUGUUCUAUUAAAUAAAAAGUUACACAACAUAAACUCUAUGUCAAAAGAAUCCUGCCUGGCUUUCCGGUCAACUUGUUCUAAAACAUUCAAUGACCACUACUGCUUGAUCAGGAUAGACUCCACAUUCCCUGUUCCCAUAAUGACAUAGAAUGUCUUAUAUGUCAUUUUGGUAUCCUCCUUACUUCAUUGCUGAGACUUUUUAAAAAAUUAUGUUUUUUCUAACGAAAUCAAAACAAAUGAACACUGCCAGUUGAAAACGGUUCUCAACAAUAUUAUCAAACAAGGUAUGACCACACUGGAUGAAAACAGCAAUCAUCAAAAUGGCAACAUUGAUCUAAGUAUCUAAGAGUCUAUGGUAUAAAGAUGCUUUUAAGAACUAAUUUGAGAUUUCCAGGCAAGAUUAUAAAAUGAAAGACUUUUCAUAUGUCCUACACUCCCUCCCCCCAAAUCAAACAGAAAUCUGAAAGAGAAUUAAAAUGACUUUAAAAUAACAUAAGAAAAUAAUAAAAAAUCAACCAAAACUUAAACAUGAAUAAAGUACCAAAAUAAUAAAAAUUAUAUUUGCUGAAGAAAUAAUGCAAAUUUUAAAAGUUUACAAUAGUGAGAGGUAGGUCUCAAAUAGAGAAAAAAUAUAUUCAAAGAAAUUAGGAAAGAAUUAGCACUGGUAAGAAUACCACAAAUCCAAAUCAAAGAAGAAUUAAAGAAAGUCAAAUCAAAAAUUUAAACUAGAAUGAAAACAUGCUAAAAAAAAAUAUUAGGGAAUAAUGAAAAAAAUGACCAAUAUGGGGAUUUAUGAUUUCAUCAUUUUGCUCCCAAUGGCACAGAAACCAAGAAAGCCAUGCCUUCUUUUUCUUGGCAGUUCUGAUCCAUGUUCUCACAUAAAUCCUCCACAGAGAAUCCAUCCAAUAUGCUAAAGACCUAUAGGACUUCUUAUAUUUCAUAGAUAUCAGGGCAGCAAAGUCUAUUUAUGCAACCCUGACACUUGCCACAUGCUUAUGCUACAUCAGUGGAAAUAUGAUGCAACCCACUUGUACCCACCAUCCAGCCAUCCCUCUGUUGUCGUUUGGGUUACAUAUAUAAGUACAAUUCUUUGGAAGCUGUGGUGUGGUGUUCCAAGAGCUACACAACAUAACAUUCUUGGGGGGAACAUUUGUGUUAAAAAAAAAAAAACUGGAAUUUUAUGUUUGGAAGCAGCUUGGAAUCAUGAAAAAUAUUGCAAAAUUUCACAAGUUCAAUCCAACUCAUUCUCUCCUUCCAACUGUCUAGGCUCAAUUCAUCAUCUAUCCAUAGUGCCUAUUUCAAAUAUAGUACAUAUAUCUAUAUAUAUCAUAUAUCUAUAUACAUAGUAUAUAUGUACUAAUUAACUAGUUCAAUGGAUUGGCCAUCUAACUGCAUGUCAUUAGUCAUUUUUCAUCUACUUAGUCUUUAUGGAUUUUUAUGCUUCUUCAUUUUAAGUGAUUGUUGAUUCAUUCAAGAAGGUACUGUAAUGUUCUUGAGAUUGAUGAAAUCACAAAGAUAAUUCUACCCUAUAUUUUUGCUAAUAAGUGAGGCAUAAAACAGGAAGAAGGAUACUAAAGGUGUUCACAAUUAUAAUAGAGGACAUCCUGACUAUAGUUUAAAUGAAAAAGGGAUUCCUAUGGUUGGAAAAAUCAUUUAAGUGCUGCUAUUUGAGGAUGAUAUUGUGCCGAAUAUAAUAGAUGAUUUCAAGAAAUUUAUUUUAAAAAAUCAAGAAAAAACUUUACGACAAUGAAAAAUAAAAUUUUUAGAGUAAAGAGCAAUUGGAAACACAGAUUCAAAAAGUACUGAACUAUCCAAAUUAUUUAGAAAAAUAACAUUAAAAUCUAAAUGAUAGAUCUGAAAGAUAUAUAUCAUAACAAGGCAAUCUUGGGAUCAGUGACAUUCUAGAAUUUUUUUUUAAUUUGAAUACCAUAUUCUAGCAAAUCAUAUAAUCCAUAGAUUUAUAGCUGGCAUGGACCAACUAUUUGUGUCCUCAUUUGGCGUUUUCUUGGCAAAGAUCCUGUAGUGGGUUAUCAUUUUCUCCUCUAGCUCACUUGACAGAUGAGAAAAUUGAAGCAAACAGGGUUAAAUGAUUUGCUUAGGGUCACACAAUAAGUGUCUGAGGCUGGAUUUGAACACAUGAAGAGUCUUCCUGAUUCCAGAUUUGGUCCUCCAUCUACUACCGUCUAAAUGGUUGGACCUAAAAUAUUAUCUAGUUCAUGCUAAUUCAACCUCCCCAGCUUAUAAAUAAGAGAGGUGAGGCCCAAAGCUUGAAACUAAGUUGUUUGUCCAAGGUCAGAUGGUUAAUAAUUAGCAGAGCAAGUUUUAAAUCUGCUUUACUGAUUUUAAAACUUUUCUGUACUGCCUGAUCAAAGAAAAUUCAUAUAAUUGUCAAACAAAUGGGUAGAUACAAAUUGCAAGAAUUCAUAGAACCCCAAUUUGGAAGAACUCAAUAUUUAAUAUACCUAGACACAUCACAGUUAAAAAUCUAACAAUACAAUUAUAGGGGAGGGAAGAGAGAAAAAUGAAUCCCAAACUUACAGAGAAAGUGCACAAUCAAUCCUCUCACCAAAAGAUAAAAUCAGAGCAAAAUUUUCAAAGAUAUCUGGAAAAACAAGACACUUUUGAAAGUUUACAGAGUAAGGAAGUCCUUCAAAGAAUAAAGAACCCUAGAAAUUGAAACAAUAAGUAUUUAAAAGAAGUCAUACUUCUCAAAUCAAGAUCAACUAGUUGCUAACCAAAUGCAAGAAUCCUGACUAAUUCAGGAAAAAGGGGAGAGGGGUCAUGAAAGGUCUAAUCUGGAGAGGGAACAAGGAAGAAGAAAGGGUAAUCCUAAACUAAGCAAUCACUGAUAAAAUGGAAGUCCAAGUUAAAGAAAUCUAUACCAUUAAGAUAAGACAAGAACUUUCUUACUAAGCAGAGUUGUUGAAUUUUGAGGUAAUAGAUAAAAUAUAAAUAAGAAAGUAUAUAUUCUCUUCUAAUGAAAUUACUGAAAAAAAGAAAACCUGACAAUUAUAACAUUUAAUUUAAAUGGACAAAAUCUUUAAUAAGAAAAGAAGUCCUUGAAUAGUUUUUUAAAAAUCCAAAUGGAAACACAUUUAAUCCAGAAAUAUUUAGAUGAUUAUAAAUGAAAGAAAAAUAUGAUCCCAAAUUUACCAUUUACCACAAGAUCAUGAAAAGCUGAAGAUGGGGUUGAAUCUGAAUCAGAAAGCAUUAAAGAAGUUAAACAAGGAUAUUGAAUAAUCCUAGGUUUUUUUAAGAGAGUAUUUACAUUUUGCAUAUAUGUGCACCUAGUCAACAUGCAGUAAAUUGGUAAAGGAAAAACUUACAGUCUUACAAGAAGAAUAAAAUAUAUCAAUAGUGGUGGGAAAUUUUUAAUGCUUCUCCCAUUAGAACGUUUUAAGGCAUUGUGGGCAGGCCGAUACAUAUUUUGGAAUUGCAAUGUGGAAAUAUGCAAUGAGUCACAAGUAUUUUCAACCUCACUAUUAUGUUUCUAGGAUUUUAUCCCAAAAACAUCAGAAAAGAGAAAAAAAGACCUACAUGUAUUUAUAUAUAUAUAUAAUUAUUUUUUCUAAUUGCCCUAUUGGUAAUGACAAACAAAUAAGUAUAGCAAUUGGCAAAAGGCUGAAUUUAUUAUGGAGUAUUGAAAUAAUGGAAUAGUACGAUGACAUUAAAAACUGAAUAUUAAGUAUAUGGGAAAAUAUCAAAUAGUGGGGGAUGCUCAUCACAGCCAGAACUAUAGGCCCACUGGACAACUUAAUGAAAAAGAAAGAUCACAAAGUGAAUAGUAAUGGUCUUUAGAUAGACUUGAAAAGGGACACAGAGCACAAGUAUUUUUGUUUGCUUCUUGUUUGUUGAUCUCUUUGUAACUAUGUUGUUAAAAUCCUAAGGGUUUUAUGUAAGGUUUUGCUUCUUAUUUGUAUGUUUAUUUGGUUGUUUGUUUUUGUUAAUGGUUAUUAAAAUUUUAAUUAAAAAAAGAACCCACUUUGAAGAGGAAAAAAAGAAACUGUAUUUUCAGAAACUGGAAGAUUAAAAAUAUGAGUCACUAACA